CUCUUCCAUUUCUGUCAUUCCCUGCAACAUGUCCAAGACCAUCACUCUGACCGAGCUCAAGCAGCACAAGGAGCGCUCUGCUGGCGUCUGGUUUGCCAUCCACGGCAAGGUCUACGACGUCACCAAGUUCCUCAACGAGCACCCCGGUGGCGAGGAGGUCUUGCUGGAGAACGCCGGCUCGGACUCGACCACCGCCUUCGAGGAUGUCGGCCACUCGACCGACGCCAAGAAGAUGCUCGAGCAGUACUACAUUGGCGACCUCGACGCUGCCAGCGCUGCCAGCAUCAAGGGCGCUGCCUCGCCCGCCUCUGCCGCUACCGCCAAGCCCAGCUCGUCUGCCCCUUCCCCCUCCAACCAGUCGUCCAGCUUUCAGCUCUUGGUUCCCCUUCUCAUUGUGGCAGCGGCCGUCAUCUACACCCAAUUCAUUGCCAAGUAAGGAUCCGGCGUCUACCUAGAACUCGUCCCCUAUCAUGUGUUGUUUUUGCCCAUGUUCUUCAAUGGGGUUUUGACUCGAUGUCAUGUCGGUUUUUUGUUUUUGAAAUUUCACGUUCCAUUUUUUUUUUCU